AUGCCUGGUCCAAAGGGCAACUCUCGCACGCCUGCCGCUCUCCACUCCAGUCAGCGGCAGGGCAGGGGAUCGCGGGAGGGGGCGCUGUCCAUUGCGGCUACGGGACAGCGCCAAGCGGUCUGGGGACUCCUGCGCAGACGCGGGGCCAGCAUCUCGGUAGGACAGACCUCGGACCGACAAGAUCAGAAUGCCAGCUCUCGCGAUACUCCAGAUUUUCUUGUUAACAACGCGCUGGAGAGACCGCGGGGCUGGGCGUUCAUCUACCACGCUUAUGUAUUCCUCCUGGUCUUCUCCUGUCUCAUCCUGUCUGUGUUCGCCACAAUCCGGGAGUUCAAAGACAAUUCAGAGAGUGCCUUGUACAUCUUGGAAAUCGUGACCAUCGUGGUGUUUGGGGUGGAGUACAUUGUGCGGAUAUGGGCCGCUGGCUGCUGCUGUCGCUACAGGGGAUGGAGGGGCCGCCUCAAGUUUGCCAGAAAGCCUUUUUGUGUCAUAGACAUCAUGGUCCUGAUCGCCUCAGUGUCGGUGCUGGCCGCUGGCUCUCAGGGGAACGUGUUUGCCACCUCUGCCAUCAGGAGUCUGCGGUUUUUACAGAUCCUCCGAAUGCUGCGGAUGGACCGGAGAGGAGGCACCUGGAAACUGCUGGGCUCUGUGGUCUAUGCGCACAGUAAGGAGCUGAUCACCGCCUGGUACAUCGGCUUCCUCUGCCUCAUCCUGGCUUCUUUCCUGGUUUACUCAGUGGAGAAGGAGUCCAAUGCAGAGUUUGAGACCUAUGCAGAUGCUCUGUGGUGGGGACUGAUCACUCUGACCACUAUAGGUUAUGGAGAUAAAGUCCCAAAAACAUGGAAUGGGCGUCUACUGGGAGCAGCUUUCAGCAUGAUAGGAGUGGCCUUCUUCGCUCUCCCUGCAGGCAUCUUGGGUUCAGGCUUUGCUCUGAAAGUCCAAGAGCAGCACAGACAGAAGCAUUUUGAGAAGAGACGAAACCCAGCAGCCUGCCUCAUUCAGGCUGCUUGGAGAUUUCACGCCACCAAUCUUUCCCGCACGGAUCUGCUGUGCACGUGGGAUUUUUACGAGGAAACUGUAGCCGUCCCUAUGUACAGGAUAAUCCCACCUCUGAACCAGCUGGACCUACUGCGGAAUCUGAAGGGCAAGACAUUCAGGUAA